AUGAAAAAUACGCAAGGCGACCUGGACGGAAAAUCUGAGAAGACAAACAUGGCAAAGAGACACGUUGCUAUUUGUUUCCCUGCCGUUUCGAUUGACCACAUGGCGUGGAAAUCUGCUAUGCAAUCCCCAUCAGUGCAGUCGCUUGGCCGAUCAAUUGAGAGUACAUGGUGA